CCGGGGAUUUCAGUGUUAACACAGUAUUAAUCGGCGGGGAUCUCCAUGCAGAUCGUUAGAGGGGGGUCCCCGGUGUCCGAUCCAUCGGUAGUCCCGGUUCUAUAGGUGCCACGAGUGCAGAAAACGGCGCAGAAGUGUGCGGGAAGAAACACAAGUUGCAGGAUGGAGGCGCUGGGAGCUGUUGUUGUUCUCAACGUGGUCCGCUCUCUUCGUAUAAAAGGAGGCGGAGCCGGAGGCCGAGCAGCACAUUCAUACUGACCGCCGAGGAGAUCGCAGCAGACCGCUACACAUCGCUCAUAGACAUCGCUAUGGCACAAGAAACCGCACCCGCUACUCCCAGCAAGAGAGCCCGGGCGGCCGGGGGCAGCGCCAAGAAAUCCGCCGGCAAGAAGAAGAAGAGCCAGCCGGGCAGGUACAGCCAACUGGUGGUGGACACCAUCCGCAAACUGGGCGAGAGGAACGGCUCCUCCCUGGCCAAGAUCUACAGCGAAGCCAAGAAGGUGUCCUGGUUCGACCAGCAGAAUGGCCGCACCUACCUGAAGUACUCGGUGAAGGCGCUGGUGCAGAAUGACACCCUCCUGCAGGUCAAGGGGGUCGGGGCCAACGGGUCCUUCCGCCUCAACAAGAAGAAGCUGGAGGGGCUGGCGGUGCCCAAGAGAGCGGCCCCUGCCCCCAAACCUGCGGCCAAGAAGCCGGCGGCCGCCCCCAAGAAGAGCCCCAAGAAAGCCAAGCCCGCUGCCAAAAAGAGCGCCAAGAGCCCCAAGAAGGCGACCACCAGCCGGGCGAGCAAGACCGUGAAGAAGGCGGCCAGACCCAAGGGGCUGCGAGCCAAGAAGGCAUAGACUGUCCUGGACUGUGUACAUAGCCCCCACCCCUUGUGUCGCCGCCGCCGUCCCUGUAGAGCACUUGUGUUCGGCGAUCCGUGCAAUCCCCUCCGGAGGAGGAAGGGUUAAACCCGCUUUAGUUUAGGAGACGUGGAGCCGAUCGUUCCUUCAUCUUCUGUUACUACUUGUCAUGUUUGCUUUUCUACGAGUUGUAGAAGGUUUUGAUUUUUUUUUUUUAUAUAUUGAUAUUUUUUUUAAUAAAACAAAAAAUGGUUAAAAUGAAAGUGU